AUGGCUACUCCGAAACCGUUAUCAGAAGCUUCUACAAGUAAAUCACAAGAGCAAGAGCAGGAUAUUCCGCAAGUACAAUCAACUCCAGUACCCAGCACACAGUCAGCAGAUAUGUCUGUAGCAGUCCAACUACCACCCAUUCAGACCAGUGGUCUCCAUGUAUCGCCGCCAGUAUCGGCGACAUCGUCGCCUGGGUCCAUGUCGAAGAAACGAUCAAGGUCACCAUUGUCCAUGGAUCUGUCUUCCGUGCCAGGUCUAAGCUCGCCUGCCCCACCAUCGAAUACACUUCUCAUCACCAGGCUAACAGACGCCAAAAUCUUCCAUCCUGCCUCCUUAGCAACCAUCAGACAGCAUAUCAAUUCAAUAGCACCACUGAACUCUUUCUCUCCACUGAAAUCUAUGUCACGAAUCAUUGUUUCGUUCUACUCAGAGCAAGAUUGUAUCAAGGUGCGGCAAGAAGUUGAUGCCACAGCCUUCAUGCCAUCAACUAUAUGCAAGUGCUACUUUGGAGAACCCACUCCUAUUGACAACGAGAAGAAGUAUUUGGAACGACCUGAUGCUGGCAAGCUCUUCUUCAUUAGCCCUCCACCAAGCCCCCCUGUUGGUUGGGAAUCGAAGAUGGAGGACGCGCCCAAUAAAGAUGUACACGCAGAUGAUCUGGCUUCAAAGCUCUCUAAGCUGACUGGCAAGAUCGAAAACCCAGAGUCGCCAAUUGAGGGACAUGCACAGUUCACCGCUGAGGAGUUGGCACAAAUAAGAACAACACAACAUCGACGUGCACUCUCGGGUGUAUCAGAUGAUGGCCUCUCUCCUCUAUGCGGCACCCCAAGGAUGCGCAGUCGCAGCUCUACACUUAUCUACGACCCUAAAGUGCAUGGUGACAGCCCCAAUUUGCCUGCUGUAACUCUCGAAACAGACGAUGGCUCGGAUGUCGAACUUGAUUUCGAGGCCAAGUCGCCGAUGGCCCACACUCAGCGGCCACCACUUGAGCUGAUGGAAGAAUAA